AUGGAUGGCAUGAAUGCUUGUACCGAAUGCGGCUUUACCACAAACAAAACAGAUGUUUUUCAGCAACAUAUAGAAAAUCAUGAAGAAGAGCAUCGCGGUAUAACACACAAUUUAUCAUAUCAGCCAACAGAAUGGACAAACGAAAGUAGUGUUAGUAGCGACACAGCAUCAUCGUUAUCUCCCACUGGCAGUGUGUCAGAAAAUAUGAAAAGCCCAUCACAUAGUCCGAAACAGAAAGAUAAAAGCAAAUCAGAUGUAGUACCUUUCCAGAAAGUCAAUCACAUAUCCAAUUUGAAUGAAACGCCGAGUAAAAGUAGUAAAAGAGCAUAUAUGUGUCCACAUUGUAAUUUCACGACGUUUAUGUCUCAACACAUGAAAAGCCAUCUGGAAGCUCAUGAAAGACAUCAGGGACAAAUGUAUAUGUGUGACAUAUGCAUGAUGCAAUUCAGUCAAAAAGCCAAUAUGCAUAGGCAUAGGAUGCGGCAUAGCGGUGUUAAACCAUAUGAAUGUAGGUUUUGUAAGAAGCGAUUUUUCCGAAAAGAUCAGAUGCAAGAACAUUCCAUGACACACAUCAAAACAGGUGUUGAUUUCGAUUGUCCUGUAGCUUUAUGUAAUCAAUUAUUUAGUCAGCAUUCUCUAUUAAGGGCGCAUUUAGAAGAAAGUCAUAAUGUCAGUCCAGCAACACCAGCUUCAUGCAAAAGAUGUUCAUUACUGUUUGCGAAUUCUCGACGUUUACUGUUACACUACCAAACACGCCACGACUCUGAUUCACCAGAAAACAGAUUACCUGAAACGAAAUCUAAUCGAACAAGGGGAUCAAAGCGUGAAAAGAAAGAAGAUAUAAACCAUAAUAAUACUUCGAAGAAGAGCUUAAUGACGACUGAAAAAGUUGAAAAAGAGAAAGAAAAGAGUUCAAAAACACAAAUGGACACCACAAGUUUCUUACCAGUGGAAGCUCAAAUGACCAGCGAUCAAUUGUUGGUUCUAUGUCUUGCCAAUAGUGCUGAUCGCAUUCGAUCAUCUUUACUUCAGAAUACGGGACAACAUGGGUUAACUUCUGAUCUUUCCUUAGAUCCAUUAAAAGCUAUAAUGAACGGGUCUCUUUCAAUGCUUAAUGAUGAAGAAGUUCAUUCUCCAUCAUGUGAUAGUGGUAGUUCUAAUAAUUUUUCGUCCGAAGAUGGCUUUAAAGUAUCUGCAAUUGCUGAUUGUCAACAUUGCGGAAUAAUUUUUAAUGAUAAUACAAUGAAAAUUCUUCAUGACGGAUUACAUUCACCGGAAGAUCCAUUCAAAUGCAAUUUAUGUGGUACCCAGUGCGAAGAUAAAUAUUCAUUUACAGCUCACAUCAUAUUUGCGAAUCAUUCACAUCAUUUCUAA